AUGUCCAAUAAAGAAGCACUUGACAUCUUUAUUAGAAAACAUGUCACCACUGAAAUGGUUGACUACUUGGUCACCACAACUCAAUCAAUAAUAAAGGUGAAAACCCUUGAGGAUGAUGAGCUGAAAUACCCUUCGCCUCCAGCAUCCCCUGAAUCGGAAAGGAAGAAGACAAUAUCAUUGAAAUCAUUUAUUAUCAAUUUGAUCAGAUACUCAAACGUCCAAGUUCCAACAUUGAUGACCACUUUAGUUUAUCUCAACAGAUUGAAAGAAAUCUUGCCAUCAGAUCAAAUAUAUGGGAUUGCUACUACUCAUCAUAGAAUAUUUGUUGGAUGUUUGAUCCUUACUGCCAAAUAUGUGAAUGAUUCUUCACCAUUAAACAAACACUGGGCCAGAUAUUCUAGUGGAUUAUUAUCAGUAAAAGAAUUGAAUGUCAUUGAAGUCGAAGUAUUAAGCUACUUGGAUUGGGAUUUGGCAAUCACCCAAGAUGAUUUAUACGAUUCUUUUGCACCAUUCUUAGCUCCAAUAAAGGCCAAAUUAAGAAUGAAGGAAGAAGAAGAAUCAUUAAAGAAACAACAAAAACAAGAACAGUUAAAACUCUCCUCUUUGGCUAAACCAAACUUCAAAUCUCUCAAGCACAGUGCAUCAAUUACAUCUAUCAAAAAAAUGUUGUGUCCACCAUCUGCUAGCUCCGCUAGCUAUUCAGACAGCUCUAUUUCUCCAGCUGGAUCUAGUCUUUCUCAAUCACUUUCUAACAACUCAUCACUUUCUUCAUUGUCUUCUCCAAUCAAGAACAGUACCAAUACCAAUAAGAAUAGCAACUACUCGGUGCCAUCCUUGACUAACUCUGCCUCAACAUACCAAUCUAAUUCCAACUCUUCUUCCACUUACUCAUUGAAUAACUCAUCCACAAGCUCGCUUACAAAGAAGAUGAUCGAGGAUGAUUUCAGUUUUGUUGAGCCACCAAGCAAGGCCGCUACAGCCUCAGGAGCUUAUUCCCCUAUGUCUGCUUACUUGAGCUCCGGUAAUAACGAAGGAAUCAAACCAGCGUCACUUUUUGCCUCCCCAAAGAACUUAUUGGCAAGAAUUACAUCUCGUGGAUCACCAAAGGCCAAUGGAUCGCCACAACUUUACCGUAUUUCAUCAAACUCAUCUUUGCGCAGUAAUAGCAGCGCUGCAAAUAAAAUGAUGUCACCUUUGACUAGUUUUAAGUCAAAAAUGAAGAAAUUCAAUGGUGGUUCCAAGUUGACACAUGCCGAAACCAAUCAAGGAGAUUUUGGUUCCAUUAAGUGUCUAUCGCAACCACCAACCAUUCAUAAGAAAAUCAAAGUAUCCGUUAGUUCUGAUAACUUGAGACAUUUUAACACUGGUAGUCAACAUAAUCCAACCAUUAGAUCUAAUGCUUGA